AUGAAGCGAGUUCCACAGAGGUUGCUGCGGCAGGAGGGCCGAGACCUUAUUUCAAGCGACUGUGGAAGUGCCCUGCUGGACGCUCUGCGCGGCCGCCUGCAAAGCUUCACACGGCCGGAGCUCUUCCGGAGUGCCACAGCCAACACCGACGCGCCACCGCCGUCGGUCACAGUGGGAAUGGACGAUUUAGACGACCUCCUCCUCCGCUCGAACCUCACUCUGCCUUUGAAGGCUUUGAUUGCCGUUUGGCAUGCUGCGCUGCAAGAGGUUGGGUGCCAAAAUGUGUCUGCAGAAGAAGCACCUGGGAUCCGCUUGGGCUACGCGCAGUUUGGACGUGCGUUUGGAGGUACAUCUGUUGAAAGUCAGGGAAGCUUUGGUGUGGCUGCGCCAAAGACCGCCAACUUCUCCUUCAAGGCGACAGGCCGAUACUUCUCAGAUGACCAGCACCGCAGGCCACGUCCGGUCUUUUCGUCCAAUUCAACCUCCUUUGCAAGGACGUUAAUGCCAAGGUUGCAAAGCAAGGCAGCUGAAGCGCAGAGGGCAACCAGCUUCGAAAAGACCUUGGCUUGCCUGGUGCAAGGUCUGGACGAAGGAAGUGUUAGGCUUGCGCUGCAAAUGGUCUACAGCAAGGCCACUGCACAGAAGAUGAAAGAGGUCUUCAAGGAACGACAAAGAUGCCGGCAGAAGGGAGAAGAUUUACCACCUGACUGUGACCCGUUCCUGCUGAAGACCUUUAAGAAGCGCGUUGCCAUCGCCAACCAGUACUUUGCAGAGGUUGUCGAAGAAUGGCAUGCUGUCAAAAGCUCCCCGGGUCCUCGCUGCGUCAUGGUGGAGUAUCCAAUGCCGUUCGAUUGGCAGUGCGACGUACAAGUCUACGAAGCACCGCAACAAAGGCCCAAAUACUGA